CCACGGCACACACUGCCGCUACCUGCCAGGCAGAAUGGACGUCUACUUCGGUGCUCCCAGCCUCAUCCUCAGCCCCACGGAGCCGCGUGAGAAGCCAGGCCCGACAUGACAGCGCCGGGAGGGGAGAUAAAAGCCCGCCAGCAGCCGCGGGUGACUGUCCGGCUGGAGGCUGUGUGGGCUGCGGGUCGCUACGCCGUGCUGGUCGCCCUGUGCGUCCUGUGCUACAGCAACUCUCUCCGCGGGGAGUUGGUGCACGACGACGUGUGGGCGAUCAUCAACAACCCGGACGUCCGACCGGGCUCCAGCCUCGGAAACAUCUUCAGCAACGACUUCUGGGGGAAGAGGAUGGCGGACAACACGAGCCACAAGUCCUACAGACCGCUCUGCAUCCUCACCUUCAAGUUGAACGUCUUGCUGGGCGGUAUGACUCCUCUCUACUUCCACAUCGUCAACAUGUGUUUGCACUGUGCCGUAACCUGCCUGCUUAUGCAAACGUGUGAACGAUGUGUGUUUGAAGACUCACGUCUGGCCUUCAUCACAGCUCUCUUGUUCGCCGUGCACCCAGUCCACACUGAGGCUGUGUCUGGAAUCGUGGGCAGGGCUGAUGUCUUGGCCUGUCUGCUGUUCUUGCUGACAUUCCUCUCCUAUGUUAGGAGUGUGGGUGAGUGUGACUCUGAGGACUCUCUGCCCUCCACUGUAUCGACUUGGUCUCUGCUCAUCAGUUUGCUGCUGGGCACCUGUGCCAUGCUGGUCAAGGAGACGGGCAUCACCGUGUUUGGAGUGUGCUUGCUCUAUGACGCCCUGGUGUUCUGCCGCAAGCCUAUCAUCUAUGUGGUUGCCAUCCUCUCCUGCAACCUCUGCAGCCUCUGGACACCGGUCAAGCUUCUGUUUCAGCUUCUGCUCCAGCGGUGCUAUCUGGCCAGACAGCUUGCUGAUAACACUCAACAGUUUCGUCUCAGUGUCUGUCGUGGGACUGACUGGAACCAGUCGGGAAUGUCCAAGCUGUCCCAGCCGAGGAGUUUGUGUCACCUGUCUGGCUCUGGACUCAGGGACCUCCUCCACAUCUGCAGCCCCUUCAUCAAACGAGCCUGCCUCAUCUCUGGCUAUGUAGUGAUCAUCAUGUCGGUCAGGUUGUGGCUCAUGGGAGGGUCCAUGCCUCUUUUCUCGGAGCAGGACAACCCUGCCUCCUUCUCACCACACCUCCUCACCAGAUUUCCUGAGCCUGCUUCCCUACCCCUUCUGUUCAGUUCCCCCAUUUUGAUCUUAACCUACUCAUACCUGCUGUCCUUUAAUGCCUGGCUGCUGCUGGCCCCGGUUGUGCUGUGUUAUGACUGGCAGGUUGGCAGCAUUCCCCUGGUUGAAGCACUGGGUGACAUGCGCAAUGUGUCCACUGUUCUGCUGGCCAUGGUGAUGGUCGCUCUCUGCCUGCAUUGCAUCUUCUCACUGCAAAGGCAAGACAGCAGGGAGGUGUUGGUGGGAAUGUUGUUUCUGGUGUUUCCCUUCAUUCCUGCCAGUAACCUCUUCUUCAGGGUGGGAUUUGUCGUGGCCGAGAGGGUUCUCUACAUGCCGAGUAUGGGCUACUGUAUCCUGGUGGCUCAUGGCCUGGGCCGGCUGUGUUCUGUGGUGGGCCGUUUUGCAGCCAUGGUCCUCAGUGUCUCCAUGCUGAUGCUGCUCCUCCUCUUCUCCUGGAAAACUGUCCAACAGAACAACGUGUGGCUCUCCAGGGAGGCCCUCUUCCGCUCUGGUAUCCAGACUCUGCCUCACAAUGCCAAAGUCCACUACAACUACGCCAACUUCCUGAAAGACAGCAGUCGACACCAAGAGGCCAUUCACCACUACAACACUGCCCUCAGGUUAUACCCCCGUCACGCCAGUGCCAUGAACAAUCUGGGCACCCUGACACAUAGCCCGGAGGAGGCUGAGCGCUACUACAGGAAAGCAUUGGACACCAACCCUCAGCACAACCGAGCUCUGUUUAACCUGGGAAACCUGCUCAAGUCCCAGGGGAAGGAGAAGAAGGCUGAGGCUCUGCUGAGGGAUUCCAUACGUUUUGGUCCACAUUUUGCUGAUGCUUACUCCAGUUUGGCAUCACUCUACGCUGAACAGAAACGCUUUGCUGAAGCCAAUGAAGUGUAUGUAAAAGGUAUAGAGCAUUGCCCGGACAGCUCUGACCUGCAUAACAACUACGGAGUGUUUCUGGUGGAUACAGGAGAAGGGAAGCUGGCAGCUGCCCACUACCAGCAAGCAGUACGACUCAAACCAGCCCAUUACGUUGCCAUGGUGAACCUGGGCCGUCUGCUGCGAUCAUCCAAUGAGAACAGAGAAGCUGAGUCUUGGUACAAGAGGGCUCUGGAGGUGACGAGGAAGGUGGACAUACUGACUCCGCUCGGAGCACUGUACUACAAUACAGGUCGCUAUGAGGAGGCUUUGCAGGUGUACAGAGAGGCUGCCGCACUGCAGCCAGACAGCACCGACAUCUGGCUGGCAUUGGCUCAGGUUUUAGCCAUGGCUGGUCGCACCAAAGAGGCAGAGAAGAUGACCCUGGACAUCAUAUCCAGAGAGGGCAGCUGUAUCGAAUGUUACCGCCUCCUUUCUGCCAUCUACAGCAAGCAUGGCAACUACACAGAGGCUCUGGAGGCUCUAGACAGGGCCCUGCAGCAGAAUCCUCAGGAUCUGACCAUGAGAGCAGAGCUGUAUUUCUCCAAAGGAAACCAGCUCAGAGAGAUGAACCAGCUUGACCGAGCCUUCGAGAGCUACAAGCUUGCUGUUGAACUGAAACCUGACCAGUCUCAGGCCUGGAUGAACAUGGGAGGGAUUCAACACAUUAAGGGAGAUUAUGCAGCUGCCAGAAUGUACUACCAGCGAGCCCUGCUUCUGAGCCCUGGUUCCAAACUUCUGAAGGAAAACCUAGCCAAGUUGGACCGGCUGGAGAGAAGAUUGACGGCGGGGGCGUAGACCAGUUGGUCCCACUGAUACUGUAUCAUCCUGGGCACAGGUCAGGAUAGCAGGCAGCCAUCCGGCCCUCUGGAGCCCAAACACCAGCCACCAGGCUGCUGGAUAAAACAGACCUGAGUACAAAGACAGGCUGCCUGUGUGAGAGCAGAGGGGAAAAGAGAACUUGUUCAGAGCCCAGAAACUGUUGUUUGGUAUGCAAAAGGAAAUGGCUGGAGAGGCUCCGAACAUUGCCCUGUCUGCAUCAGCUUUACUUCAACGUGCACCUCUGAUUCAGUGUUGGAUUGAUUUGAUAUGAAGUUUCAUAUGAGGUCAUUUCCUUUCCUUUCAUUCCUUUCGAUUUCAGUCCUCUACUCUGCCUCUCAGAAUUAUUCAUGUAUUUACAUCAAUGCAGUGACAGCGUGUGGAAAUGUUCUGAAGGGAAUGGGAGUUCUUUCUUCUUCAGGAUCUGUAACAAAAUAAUCUCAGCUCAGAAGUCCACUUACCAAAUUUGUGGAGUUUUCAUGGUCAAAGAGGACAUCAGAUAAUCGAAGGCCAUAAGCCUGCAAGAAAAAUUGUUUUAUAAUUUAUCUGCUGACCUCUGACAGCAAGAUUCUAAAGUCUGCUUUCAUCUUAUUACACGUGAUAUUUUUGAGAAUGAAACCUGUGCACAAUUGGAGCAGAAAGUUGUUCUGUAGCAAUUAAUGGGCAUUAGUUACUAUAUUCUGUUUUGUUCUGUAGACCUGCUUCUCUGCAAGUCCUGUUGAACUACAGUAACACACCAUCCACUUGUGAUCACAGAAUGAUGUCUCUUUUACAUCAAAAAAUGAUGAGGACAGACAGAGAGGGUACAUUAACUGAGAGAUUGCUUUUAGUCUUUUUGGUGAAUAACUUAUGGAAUCACUGUUUAUCUAAAUUAGCAACCACUUGGGAGAUUGUUAUUUGAACCAGCAAAAGUGAUGGUCAACACUGCCUUACAAUGAGAGGCCUACUUACCGCACUGUCUGAAUGUGACACCUGAGAUAGCAUCUCUUGCUUUUUUGUUUGUUGGCAGAAGCAGAUGGGACGGUGUGUCUCCGCAGGCUGUUGUAGUAGCCGUGCAGAAUAAGUAUUGCCUUGAAUUCUGAAUUAAAGCAGUGUCACCAGCAGAGCCCGUCUACACCAUCACAGUUUAUCCUCCAUGCCUCACAUCAGGAACCACACAUACACACAGACACCAUGUCUUCAUCAAUGAUCUGUCAGACCAAAACCCACGUUUCUUUUUCUUCUGCUUGGUCUCGGUCAGUAGUGGUUUCUUUGCAGUAGUUUCACAAAUAAAACCUUUAUCAUUCAAAGGAAUGAUAAAAGAAAUUGAAGAAACACUUGAAACAGCAUAAAAUAUCCAAAAUGGACAAGUCAUUGGUGUGACUUAAACCUACUCUGCUGCCAUACACCAUCUUUGAACUGAGAAAAACAUUACAAACUCCCAGUCCUGUAUACACAGGACUGGGACAAAGAUUCCAAUCUUGGGCACCUGAGCCAGUUCCAUGCACUAAAGAACACUGCAGUGUGCAGUUAGAAGCUCUGGAAAGUGUCACUGGAAAGCCAAUAAGUGGACAUUUGAGUUUAUAUUAUUGUGUCAUACAAAGGGAUUGAGGGAACAGGAUUCAUUUUCACCCCACUCUGUUGGAAUAAAUACAACAAAAGUUGCAUCUGUAAACCUCUCAAAUCAUAUGUCUUUUUUAAAAUGUAGACUGAUAACAGCUGCUUCCUCCUGAGAUAAACUAAACCAUGUUCAUCUAUCUGACCUCCAUUUCCACAAGUGUCUAUAGUAUUCAACCUGAUAUCACAAGCCUUCUGCAAGUAUAAUAAACUAGUGUGUUUGCUCCUGUGUGGAGCGGAAACUUAUGGCUUUUUGCGUACCAUAACCUCUGAAGUUUGCUGUUUGGUUGCUUCUUGUGAUUUUGUUGACAGUGAUGUUGACUAUGAAUGAAUUUCGUUGUGGAAUGACAAUUGGUUGAAAAUGAAGUGACUAGUGCAAUGACUUACUUGCACCAAGAAAAUAAAGUAUAUGUUUUAUUAAAUGGUA